CACGCCUUCCUUUUUCGGCGUCGGCCCCUGCGCAGGACCCAGGUGUCCGGGCCGCCCAACCUUCAGUGCCUGCACCCCCGCAGAGGUCCCGGGCCGAUUCGAACGCCACGCCAGCCGGGCCAGACUGAGACUGGAGCUUCCCUCCCCCACCGCUGCCUGGGGCCAGCCUGGGCAGAGCCGGGAUGGCCAAGCGGAGCUCGCUCUCCAUCCGCAUCGUAGAAGGCAGAAACCUGCCGGCCAAGGACAUCACUGGCAGCAGUGAUCCAUAUUGCAUCGUGAAGAUUGACAAUGAGCCCAUCAUCAGGACAGCCACGGUGUGGAAGACCUUGUCCCCAUUCUGGGGUGAGGAGUACAAGGUUCACCUUCCUCCCACCUUCCACUCUGUGUCCUUCUAUGUCAUGGAUGAAGACGCCCUCAGCCGAGACGAUGUCAUUGGGAAGGUCUGCCUCACCAGAGACGUCUUAGCUGAGCAUCCCAAGGGUUACAGUGGAUGGCUCCACCUGAAGGAGAUUGACCCGGAUGAGGAGGUGCAGGGGGAGAUUCAUCUGCAGAUGGAGAUCGUGCGAGGCCAGGGGCCCCAGAAGCUUCGCUGCACGGUGUUCGAGGCCAGGGACUUGGCCCGAAAGGACCGCAAUGGAGCAUCUGACCCCUUUGUGCGAGUGCGCUACAACGGCAAGACCCAGGAAAGUUCGAUCGUAAAGAAAUCCUGCUACCCGAGAUGGAACGAGACCUUUGAAUUUGAGCUGGAGGAGUCCGCCCCAGGGACGCUGUGUGUGGAAGCCUGGGAUUGGGACCUGGUCAGCAGAAAUGACUUCCUGGGUAAGGUGAUGUUCAAUAUCCAAGGUCUGCAGGCUGCCCAGCGGGAAGAGGGCUGGUUCUGGCUGCGGCCGGACCAAUCCAAGACCAGGGUGGAUGAGGGCAGCCUGGGCUCCUUACAGCUGCAGGUGUGGCUUCGGGAUGAGACGGUGCUGCCUUCCGGCCUCUACCAGCCCCUGGUGCAGCUGCUUUGCCGGGAGGUCAAACUGAGUCCCAAGGACCAUCCAGUGCAGCUAAUCCCCCUAAUCGAGGAGACCACAACGGCCGAGUGUCGUCAGGAGGUGGCCACCAAUCUGGUCAAGCUCUUCCUGGGGCAAGGGCUGGUCAAGGAAUUCCUGGACCUGCUUUUCCAACUGGAGCUCAGACGGACCGUUGAAGCCAACACCCUCUUCCGGAGCAAUUCCUUGGCUUCUAAGUCCAUGGAAUCCUUCCUGAAGGUCUCAGGCAUGCAGUACCUACACAGCGUUCUGGGCCCAACAAUCAACCGAGUCUUUGAAGAGAAGAAGUAUGUGGAACUGGACCCCAGCAAAGUGGAGAUCAAAGAUGUGGGGUGUUCAGGGCUGCACCGCAUCCAGACAGAGAGUGAAGUGAUGGAGCAGAGCGCCCAGACCCUUCAGUCAUACCUGGGCGGGCUCCUGUCAGCUAUCAGUCGCUCAGUGAGGAUGUGUCCGGCGGUCAUCCGUGCCACCUUCCGCCAGCUUUUCAAGCGGGUGCAGGAGCACUUUCCUGAGAACAAACACCAGAACCUGAAGUUCAUUGCCGUCACCAGCUUCCUGUGCUUACGCUUCUUCUCGCCGGCCAUCAUGGCGCCCAAACUCUUCCACCUUCGCGAGAAGCACGCUGAUGCCCGCACCAGUCGCACCUUGCUUCUCUUGGCCAAGGCUGUCCAGAACGUGGGCAACAUGGACACACAGGCCUCCCGAGCCAAGGAGGCCUGGAUGGAGCCCCUCCAGCCCGUGAUCCAGCAAGGUGUGGCUCAGUUGAAGGAGUUCAUUACCAAGCUCAUCGACAUUGAGGAGAAGGAGGAGUUGGACCUCCAGCGAGCACUUAACCUGCAGGCCCUGCCUGUGAAGGAGGGGCCCCUCUUUAUCCACAAGGCCAAGGGCAAGGGUCCACUCUUGCCCUCCUUCAAAAAGCUCCACUUUUCUCUCACCAGCGAGGCCCUCAGCUUUGCCAAGACCCCCAGUUCCAAGAAAAUGUCCUUCAUCACACUGGCCAGCAUCCAGGCAGCUGAGAAGGUGGAAGAGAAGAGUUUUGGCAACUCUCAUGUUAUGCAGAUCAUUUAUGCAGGGGAAGCAGGCCAGUCUGAGACGGCGUACCUGCAAUGCAAGUGUGUGAAUGAGCUGAAUCAAUGGCUGUCCGCCCUGCGUAAGGUCUGCCUCAACAACCAGGGCAUGCUGGGCUCCUACCACCCGGGCAUCUUCCGAGGAGAAAAGUGGAGCUGCUGUCACCAGAAGGAAAAGACAAGUCUGGGCUGUGACAAAACGCGAAACCGGGUGACCCUGCAGGAAUGGAACGACCCCCUGGACCCGGACCUGGAAGCGCAGCUCCUUUAUAGACAUUUGUCGGGCGUCCAAGACACAAUGCGCGAAAAGUACCUGGAGCUGACUGCCCUGGGGGCUGCUGGGAAUAUCCCCAACACCCAAAGUGAAGAGCCUGAGGAUGGCCCCACCCAGCUGUUCCAGGUGCUCCAGGACUUAGAAGACGCCCAUCGCUCCGGUCCUCUGCCUGCAGCAGACCAGGAGAAGAACUAUCUCUUGGAGCUGCAGACGUGAGACCAAGCCCUGCUGCCCUCAGGCCCAGGCCCAGGCCCCAUCCCCACGCCGUCCAUCCCACCCUCUGCCUCCUGCUAGGACUAUUUAUUCCCAGGAACUCCCUGUCAUGCUGGCCGCCUAGGAACUCUGUGCUUUGGAGGUCUUCCUGCGGCCUGGGUGACUCACCAGGCCCCCUGGUCCCCGGCUCCAUCCUCACUUCUGCCCCAAAGCUCAGCCCUUGGCUGCAAACCAACACCCCCCUCCCUCAUUUCCACGAGCACUUCAGGGGCCUGAGCGCUGAGCAGGGGCUCUUCCCAGGUGUCAGGAGGGCAGUGGGGAAGCUGACAGCCUCCCCGGCUGGGGAGGGGAACAGAGGCUUCCUGGGUGGGUCGUGGGUCCCCAGGCAUGGCAGCCCCAGGCCCUCCUCAUGGCUUGUCCCCCGUCCUUGACUCUACAUUCCAUGAGAUUCGCAGUGGGGGAGCUUGGAGGGGAAGGGCGGCUGUGAUGCCCCUUUAGGACUUGGGGCUUCUAAGAGGUCUCCGGAGUGUGUUCCUCACUCUGCUGACCCCGUGACUGGCAUCCCUGGGGAGGAAGUCUGGAGGGCCAAGUGCCCUAGAAGGGCAGCGAGUAGGAGGGUGGCAUCUUCUCUGCCUCCGGCCCCCGUUGCCAGCAUGGUCGCUCGGCUUCCGAGGCACUCGGGCUCCUGGGGCUCCUGAGGGCCAGGACUCCGGAUCCAGCUUCCCGACCCACCCCAGCACAGGGAGCCUCAGGCAGCCCCCCCUUCCUCCCAUGCCAGCAGCCGGUCCCCUUAGCCAGGCAUCACUGCAGAUUACAAUAAACUUUCCUCUACCCUUG